AUGAGUGAAAUUGGUACUCAUCCAUGUUUGAUGGGUUUUCACGAACUACAGCGACCUUUAAACUUUGAAUUGUUUGAGGAUUUGUACAUUAUUCAGCCUUUAAUGGAGACAGACUUGUGUCGAAUAAUUCAUUCGAAAGAAAUCGUAAAUGACGAUCAAAUUCAGUAUUUCCUCUAUCAAAUGCUUUGUGGGAUUCACUAUUUACAUUCUGCGGAUGUUUUGCACCGUGAUAUUAAACCAAGUAAUGUUCUUGUGAAUUCUGAUUGUCGAAUUAAAAUUUGUGACUUUGGAUUAGCACGACAUGCAAAUGAUCGAGAUCUAGCAGAAGGACUUUCGGAAUAUGUUGUGACAAGAUGGUAUCGUGCUCCAGAGCUUUUAUUAGCAAACGCUUAUACAAAAGCUAUUGAUAUGUGGUCUAUUGGCUGUAUCUUUGCUGAGCUUUUGGGUCGUCGGAUCAUGUUUCCUGGAACGUCUUAUGUUGAUCAAUUAAAAGUUAUUGUUGAGAUUGUUGGGACACCAACAACUUUCAGCUUUUGUGAUAAUCCUAUAGCUCGUCGAUAUGCUGGACGACAAUUUUUAAUUCAAAACCCACAUGUACCGAAAAUUGAUUGGACAAAGAUCUUUCCAGAAGCUAAUCCGGAAGGUCUUGAUUUGCUUGAUCGACUACUACAAUUUGAUCCUUCUAAACGAAUUACAGCAGCUGAAGCUUUAGAACAUCCGUAUGUAAGUCAGUGGCGGGAUUCGCAACUUGAACAGCCAUGUCAUGCGGAUAUUGCGACGAAAUUGACACAGUUUGAUUAUGCACAGAUGUCAUAUGAUCCACAAACACUUAAAGAAUUGUUGUAUCAGGAAGUCAUGAAGGCUCAACAUCAUGAUUAA